CAGAAACGAGCUCCUGGAUGUAGAAGGAAGGUAGCUUGUGCGCACGGAAAAUGCCUCUAAGGGACAAGUGUUGUCAGACUGACCACCAUCACCAUGGAUGCUGUGAACCAGUGCACCUAUUGGAACCUGGUGAUCCUCCAUUAUUACAGCAGCCUCUGCAGACAUCAAAAUCUGGUAUUCAGCAAAUCAUUGAGUGUUUUCGAUCAGGAACUAAACAACUUAAACAUAUCUUGUUAAAGGAUGUGGACACCAUUUUUGAGUGUAAAUUGUGCCGGAGUCUCUUCAGAGGAUUGCCAAAUUUAAUUACUCACAAAAAGUUUUAUUGUCCUCCAAGUCUCCAGAUGGAUGAUAACUUCCCAGAUAUAAAUGAUAAACAGAGUCAAGCCAUAAAUGAUCUUCUGGAAGCAAUCUAUCCAAGGGUAGAUAAGCAAGAAUAUAUAGUUAAAUUGGAACCUAUAGAAACUAAUCAGAAUGCUGUAUUUCAAUAUGUAUCAAGGACUGAUAGCCCAGAUGAGAACGUAGAAAGCAAUAGUACCCCUGAUCAAGCUCCAGUACAGAUACAGGAACCCAGCAUUGAGCAACCCAAGACUGUUUCAGCUCCAGCCCCAACUCCAGCUGGAGAGACUGUAGAAUUACCUCCUGCUGAUCCCGUUACGAACAAGGUGAUACCUACUCCUGAAGAACAGCCUCCAGCAGUAAAUCCUGAGGUGGACUCUCUGGAUAAUUGUGAUUUUGGCCACCAGUUGAUAUGUUGCCUUUGUAGGAAAGAAUUUCAUUCCAGACGGAGUGUACGCCGGCACAUUCGAAAAGUGCACAAAAAGAAGAUGGAAGAGCUAAAGAAGUACAUAGAAACAAAAAAGAAACCAAAUCAGUCUUCUGUGAAAGGACGAAACAAGAAUGUCCUUGUAACAUUAGGUAGAAGUUGUCCUGUAUGUUAUAAAUCUUUUGCUACAAAAGCCAACGUAAGGAGGCAUUUUGAUGAAGUUCAUAGAGGAUUAAGAAGGGAUUCCAUUACUCCUGAUAUUGCUACAAAGCCUGGGCAACCUUUGUUCCUGGAUACAGUUUCUGCUAAAAAAUCUUUUAAGACCCGAAAACAAAAGUCGUCUUCAAAGGCUGAAUACAACUUAACUGCAUGCAAAUGCCUUCUGUGCAAGAGAAAAUAUAGUUCACAAAUAAUGCUGAAAAGGCACAUGCAAAUUGUUCACAAGAUAACUCUUUCUGGAAAGAACUCUAAAAGAGAGAAAGGACCCAACAAUACCGCCAAUGGCACAGAAAUAAAAGUAAAAGUUGAACCAGCAGAUUCUGUAGAACCUUCACCCCCUUCCAUUGCCCUUUCUCCACAGAAUGAAUUAAAGGGAACAAAUCAUUCAAAUGAGAAAAAAAGCACACCGUCAGCACAGAAAAGUAAAGUUAAACAGGACCUUGAAAACCCUAAAUCAACUUCCAAAUCAACCACUAAAUCAACCUGUAAAUCAACUUCUAAAUCAACCUCUAAGUCAACCAAUGCAUCUGCUGCAGGUGGCCAGCAAAAAAACAGGAAGCCAAAACUUUCAGCUGGCUUUGACUUCAAGCAGCUUUACUGUAAACUCUGUAAACGCCAAUUUACUUCUAAACAGAACUUGACAAAACACAUUGAAUUACAUACAGAUGGAAAUAACAUUUAUGUUAAAUACUACAGGUGUCCACUCUGCUCUUAUGAAACACGUCGCAAGCGUGAUGUGAUAAGGCACAUAACUGUAGUUCAUAAAAAGUCACCACGCUACCUUGGGAAAAUAACUGCAAGUUUAGAAAUCAGAGCAAUAAAAAAGCCAAUUGAUCUUGUUCUAAAUAAGGUGACAAAAAGAGGCCCUCAGAGGGAUGAAACAAAACAGAUUGGUUCAAAACAGGAUGUCACCUCUAACUCUCCCAAUAAAAAGUAUGAAGGAGCUGAUGUUGGCAUUGAAGUAAAAGUAACAAAAAACUUUUCUCUGCACCGAUGCAAUAAAUGUGGGAAAGCAUUUGCCAGAAAAGCUUUUUUAGAGCACCAUAAGAAAACUCACAAAGCAAAUGUAUCUCACUCACCUGAAGAAAAUAAAACCAAAGGCAGAAGUACAAGAUCUAAAGCUGUUGUCUGGUGA